GUGGGGAUGAGGAAGUGGAGAAGUCCGCCGACGGCUCCAGCCUCAGCCAAGUCACCAAGACCAGACCGCUUCGCUUCGUCUGAUGAUGGAAGCAGAUCAUCACGCAGCACUGUUGUUGAGUCCAGUUAUCUGCAGAAAACAGAUAGAGGGACACUCCAGUCAAAGUCAUACAGCUUCAGCUCUUCCACAUCAUCUUCCUCCUCCAACACAAGCAAAAAAGUGGGCAGUGUGUUUGACCGCGAGGAUGAUACAUCGUCUCGCAGCGGCAGCAGUGGAUUGGCCGCGGUUGAGCGGACUCAGGCGGAGCGGCGCAAGGAGCUGAUGAGGGCUCAGUCUCUGCCCAAGACCUCGGCCAUGACGGCCCGCAAAGCCAUGAUCGAGAAGCUGGAGAAGGAGGGAGGCGGCCCUGGAAAUCAGGCGGUCGCCAAGGUAAACAAGGUCCAGCGCUCCACCAGCUUUGGUGUUCCCAACGCAAACUCCAUCAAGCAGAUGCUGCUAGACUGGUGCCGUGCCAAGACCCGCUCGUAUGAGCAUGUGGAUAUUCAGAACUUUUCAUCCAGCUGGAGUAACGGCAUGGCAUUUUGUGCCCUGGUGCACAAUUUUUUCCCUGAAUCCUUUGAAUACGAGUCCCUGAGCCCGAGCAACCGCAGGCAAAACUUUGAGGUGGCCUUCAACACAGCAGAGAAAAUGGUGGACUGCCCUCAGCUGUUGGAUGUGGACGACAUGGUGAAGAUGCGCGAGCCGGAUUGGAAGUGUGUGUAUACGUACCUGCAGGAGUUCUACAGGGGGCUGGUGACCAAGGGCCUGGUUAAAACCAAAAACUCCUCCUAGAGUCGCACCUCAACUAAAACUGAACCCAUGGACGUACGCCAACUGCAUGCCUCUGCUGGAGGUGGAGGACAUGAUGAUCAUGGGUAAUAAACCCGACUCCAAGUGUGUCUUCACCUACGUCCAGUCUCUGGUCAACCACCUGCGCAGAUACGAGAUGUCCAUGGGUCGGCCCUGUCCCCUCUGACCUCUGACCUGAGGGUGAAGCCUGGACGUGGCAUCAUGGACAAGUUGGGGAUUGUGUGUGCGUGUGUGUGUGUGUGUGUGUGUGUGUGUGUGUGUGUGUGUGUGUGUUUGUGUUCGUUUGCGUAUUAUCUUUGUUGGCAGUGGUGAUGUGUUUUCAUUAUUUCAUUAACACAAAGUCCGUCUUUUUACAGCAAGAGGGCGGCAAAGUUUUUAUAAGACUACCUUUUCAAAGCUUUAAAAAUGUAAUAUUUUUUUACUCUGCUUUGUACUGGGAACAUUUUAACAUGCAGAAGCCGUGUUACCACGCUAGUGUACUACAAAAGAGAAAUCUUUGUAUAGUAUUUCCCCUUUAAGUUAUUUUUUACUAUAUCUCUGCCAUACUUUUGUAAUUAUAAACCUUGUUGGCAUAGCUGUAGGUAGUUCCACAAGAAGAAAAAUAUACCGUUCCGUUAUUUGGUUUUUAUCUCGGUACUUUUGAAUUGUUAAGACACUCUGGCUGCUUGAAGUAUUUGAAUUAAGUUAUUACGAUUCUGAUGUUGAUGUAACAGUUAGCAUAUUACUAUUUAAUACAGAGGCACAGGGAAGUCCUUCAUUGUUCAAAUGGAUGCAGCGAGUAAAUCUCACCUUUCUGAAUUUUAAAGUGCUACUGAGAACAUAUUUAACACUAUUUGAACUUUUUAAAAGUCACCUGUAUAAUAUUAUUCUAACAGUGAGUAUAUUUGCGGUCAAACAAGUUUUUUUUAUUCAGGUAUAUAGAAAAAAGAGGAGUGGGCUGAGGUCAUUCGGAUGACUUGUAUAAUGACUUGAUUUGUUUGUAUUGAUGGCAUAUUUAGAAAAACAAAAUGUGUACAGCAGUGCUGCCUCACCCCAGCAUCACUGACGUACUGCCACACACUCACACACUGCUCUUUUAGAGGGCUUCUUAUUUAUGCUUGAGUAGAUUUUGUUGAAAUAUAUUAUUUUUAUUUUGUUAGUGUGUAAAUCAUGCUUUGUUCAAAGCGUCAAGCUCAAGCUAUUAGGAUGUUUUGUUGAACUAAUUGGGGUCACUUUUUGGACGAGUUAAAGGGCCUGAUGAAAGCCGGCUUUCUGUUUCAACGUGAGUCAUCAUGACUGAACAUAACUGCCAACUGUAUAUUUUACAACAUAAAAAUGAAUUUAAGGGUGAAAGAUUUGUAUUAUGCUUGUAAAAAUUAAGAUUCCUUUAAUAAGAAAUUCUGAUUGUCUCAGAGCUUAACGAGCUCGAGGAAACAUAUUUCUUAAAGGUUAUUUUGUUGUUUGGAGAAAUUUGAGAUGAUUCCACCGCUGCCGAAUGAAAACAGAAUACCUUCCACGGAGCAGUGAGUGCUGUAAAUAAGAGCUUAACACAUUAUAAUUUCAUGUUUCUUUGCACCACAGUCAAAUGUGAAUUGAAAUUAAACCAAUUUGAAAUGAA